AGAUCAGAGGAAACGGUUAAGGCGCCAAUCUUGUAUUGCCUGUGGAGUCAACGUCGAUUUUGCUAAUCUGGGCUGUGUCUAAGUUUUACAGCGAUGGCUGAAAACACCUUCCCCGUCCAUAAUGCGGACACCAUAGUUAACUUCUACCGCAGUGAGGUUCUCACCGGCCAGGAGGCCAAACACUUCACCAAAGGAGACCUGACCCCCGUUCCCAAGCCAGAAUCAGUUCAGACUCUGUACAUGAGAGUCCUGCAUCUCCUGUUCCGCUUCAAGCCUGAGUGCCACUCCAUGGUUCCCCUUUUGGAUGGCAUCCAGUAUCCAGCCUAUCAUGAGGGUGCUACUACUAUACUGAGUGUCUACACACGCAUGAAGCAGUUCCUGCCGAUGUGCCUGGUCAACGACUUUUCAUUAAAUGACUUGCUGACCCCAAAAAAACAGAGGACUCUGGUCAUUCUGAGUGCCAUCAUGAACUUUCUUCACUUCAGGAAGGAGAGGAUGGAGAAGAUGCUGGAGAAGCAGGCCAAAUUUAGGGCAGACACGGACAAGCUGCGGGCAUACACCAAAGGCAUCCGAGAAGCAGAGAAGAAGAUUGAGCUGCUAACGACCAUCCCACCAGAGCAGCAGGCCGAGGCAGAUGAGCUGGCAGCUGCUCUCUCUGAGCUGCAGGCCACCACCGUGCAUGAAUACCAGGAAGUGAACACUACAAAGCAGAGCAUUGCAGAGUUGAAGACCAAAAUGGCAGAGAAGACACAGAAGUUGGCUCAAAUGAAGGUGGAUGUCAGCAACCUGAAGGAGGACAUCAGCAAACUCAAGUCUCAGAUCGUGGAGUCUCCAGAGGAGCUGAAGAGCCAGAUGGAGAAGAUGAGGGAGACUGUCAAGAACAUCAAGAAGUCCAUAACAGAAACAGAUGAGUGUACGGUGGAGAUGCAGAACAGGGUGCAGAACGCGACCCACAGUGAGGCUGAGAUCCAUCAGAUGUACGUCCUCCUGCAGGACCUGGAGAGCAGCAUGAACAAUGCCAAGCAGCGCCAGGAAGAGUACCAGGAGCUGGUGGUUCAAAACGAGAAGAUGCAAAAGGAGCUGAAAAGUCUCCUCAACGAGGAGGGUCAGCUGAAGCGAGGUCUGGACAUGAAGCUGGGCAAGGAGUGCAAACAGAACAUCCGCAGACAGAAGAAAAGAGAGAUGAAGGAGCAGCAUGUCCAAGAAGAGUUGAGGCAGUGUGAGCAGAUCCAUCAGAAACGCGAGGAGAUGGCAGAUAAAAUCCAGCAGAUUACUGGAGAGACUCAGCAGCUGAAGGCCAAGAUCAAGAGCCUGCGAGAUGUCUGCAGCAAAGAGACAGAGAAGGCCCAGGCGCUGUAUGACACUCUGUCAACCUCAAUGGAUGAGCUGCACAGGAGGAUCGAGAUGCACAUUGCAGACCUGAAAUUAAACAUAACCGAGAAUGCUGCAAAUUUCUAAUGUUUUAACCCUCUCUUUUUUUCUGUUCAAUAGUUACUUUUAGAAUGAAUAAACAAAGUGAAUUCUUCCAUCUAAUGUUCAGGGAGGAGCCGUAAAUAUUUCUGACCUGAAUGACGGCUAUACAGAACCAUAGCGUCCUGUAAGACACAUUUUAUUCUUCAGUCUGAGCCGACCCCCGCAGUAAAAUCACUUCACUGAACCCUCACUGCUAAAUAACUACCUACCUGGCUGUACUUCAUACAGAAACUCUGGAUGUGUUUCAAUGAACUCGUCAAAGCAGACGUUUUCUGGAACAAUGUGUGUUUGUAUCUAUGAUGUCCAUUUGUCUUUGCAUAU